AUUCGUGCCAGCGGCCUCAAUUGAGCUCACCCAAGCAACAACCUCAUCCACCAGCUCAGCCCAUCAUGAACUCCUUCCGCGUUGCCCGUGCGGCUCUCCGAGCUCGCCCUUCCGCUAUCCGAGUCCCCCUCCAGCGAAGAACCUACGCCGAGGCCGUCCCCGACAAGGCAAGAUUCAGCGAACCCCGUCCCCGGCUACGACUGAUCAAGCUGAGCCUUGCCCUUCCUCACCAGUCUAUCUACAAGUCCCAGGAUGUCGUCCAGGUCAACAUCCCCGCCGAGUCUGGAGAGAUGGGUGUCCUCGCCAACCACGUUCCUUCCAUUGAGCAGCUGAAGCCUGGUCUGGUUGAGGUUGUCGAGGAGUCCGCUGGCUCCAAGCAGUUCUUCCUCUCUGGUGGAUUCGCUACCGUCCAGCCCAACUCCGUCCUCAGCAUCAACGCUGUUGAGGGAUACCCCCUUGAGGACUUCAGCGCCGAGGCCAUCCGAGCCCAGAUUGCUGAGGCCCAGAAGGUUGCCAACGGCAGCGGAAGCGAGCAGGAUAUUGCUGAGGCCAAGAUCGAGCUGGAGGGACCAGGAGUGGCCAGUGGCAACAAGAGUCGCACAUCAAGAGAUACACUUCCGAGACAGAUAUCCUCAACUCUAUCGCAAAAAGAUAAUCCAAGGUUCAGUGCUGUCAGGGGGUCCAGGGGAAGAAAUGCAUCAACAAAACCAAGUGUUGCUGGCUUCCCGCCUAGGACGAGCUACGGACGAACUGCCUCGAAUCGACCGAGCCAAGCUCUUCGAUACUCAGCUAGUACAGACAUGCUUCCUUCAGAAUCUUUCAUGUCCUCAUACCUUGAGUCGACAAACCGCUCUCGUACUGCUAGCUCCACAGAGAAAUGCCAAGAUGCGAUGGACAUCCUUGAGCAGUAUGGAAUCUCUAGACCCGCUGGAUGGUUCUCGGAUGGCGAUGCAGGGACGCCAGAUCAAAUCAAACAAACGAAAGCGAUCUUCUCGCAGAUCUGUCACUCGUGCGGCAAUCCUCUCGCUUUCGAACGAUAUUGCUCGCACUGCGGCCACGAUUCUUGUAUGAAGUGUACGGGAGAGACCCCUGGACAACCCCUUGAACACAGGGUUCUCAACAGUUCAAUACAGUAUCAAAAACACUCUUUCAUAGACAAGAUACCCGAGCUACCAACACAAGAUGAAUACCCUGAAGUCGAUACUGCUCGUCGUCGUAAGCUCUCAAGGUUCGCAUCGGAGCCAGAUACGCCAGGGACAUCCUUUAGAACCAAGACGCAAUCUCGCCAAAGACCGAGAACUGAUCAAAACACCUUGAAGCCCACUCGGAAGAAGACGAUUGCGGCACCAACAGAGAUCUCUAGCUCAGUGAAGAACAACCCCUUUUUUGUGGCAGACAGAGGAAUGAAGAAAGAAGCACCAGAACCUGAAAUCACAACGAGAUCAGUGCAAGUGGAACGUAAACCCAGGCCCUCAGACUGUGUACCUAAUCGUCUCAAAUCCAGCUCGCCCCGCGUUUCUCACAUAGAGGAAGAAUGCUCCGACCCUGGUUGUAGAGCUACACACGAUGGCCAUCAUCCAACGCGGCAUAGCAUUGGUUGUGCGACCUGGCGUAGUUUAGGAGCGCAAGUGGUCGAAGGCAAUGAUUUGGAUAUGAUUGAUACAGAUGAAUGCAAACCUAAAGAGAAGAAGCACACACAGUCACCGAGGGAUUCACCAUCCCGAAGCAAGUUACAGAUGAAAAUUGACCAACUCUAUCAUCAUGGACAAGAUCUCCAUCACUCACAGCAUAUAAUGGAGCAUUUAGCAGCUGGUGUACAGACUCUCGAGCCUUCUACGGACGAGAAACCAACAAACGGGCAAGACGGGCGCAUGCGGGCGGACGGCUACAUGUUGAGGGUACAGAGUCUACCUGGUAUUGAUCACUCCUUGAGUCGAGACGAGACUGUCACAGUGGCAAAAGACACUAUCGAACACAAUCUGAGCAAAGAGCCGGCAGUGCCUGACGAGAUUGAGCCACAGCCACCUAAUCUUACCGAUUAUCACAAGGGGGAUCGGCAUCCGAGCCCAAAGUCUCAUGAACCCCAUGACGAUACCCAACCCAAGGAUGCCCAUUGGAUAAAGCACCCUAUAAACAAUAACAAGACCCAUGACGCGCCGAGAGACCACACGAGAACAUUGACUUCACGUCCAACUAGUGAAAAGCCCGUCUCUGAGUCCAAAGGACCGAAGAAAGGCCUCGACACUUCACUAGAGGCAAAUGAAAGGAUUGCGCCACAAGCUCAAAACAAGUCCUUGUCAGACAAAGGUCAUGAUGCUGAUCCCAACUCCAAGAAAAGGAUUGGCAAACUCGAUGAACCUGUCCCUGAGGGGAAAAUGAUGCCUAAACCAACUCCACGUAUCAACAAUGACUCUGAAAGACCGAAUGCCGAGGCUACCGAUAGGAAGGAUAGUUGCUUCAACUGCAAUCCUACUCAGUCAUCAUCACCUAAGCAAACAGAGGGUGGUUUUCAGAUCUUCGUGGAAGAUGAGUCACAUAACAAGACUGAGAAUGAAUUGAGUGCUGUGUUUGAGUCACCCAUGCCUCGGCUCAAAGUAACAGACAUUGAGCAUUCACUCGCUCGCAAGAGCGUCGAGGAAUUGUUGGCCAAAAGUCCACAGCCACAAGAGAUAACAGCAGAAGGGCCAAAGAGCACGAGACUCCCGAGCAUAACAGAGGAUCGAUCUCGCAACGACUCUGAAAUGUCAACAUUGAUUUAUGACCCUAGACCUGUGAUGCCAUACAACCACAUGUGUGCUUGGCGAGCACGCUACAUGGACCUCAAGAGCCAAGUUGACGAACUUGGGCUGGAAUCAGGGCGCCCGUCGCCAGCGAAACAGACUCAGGGCGUGUGCUCACACCCCAAUGGUGAUGUUGACAUUGAGGGCCUCACAGUAGUGAUGCAUCUUAGAGGCAAGGAUGACUUGGUGAUCAAUACAGACUUGAAAGAUGGUCUACAGGAACACAUGAAGCAGCGAUAGAGCAGAGGCUCGUAGGAGUAAGAAGAUUAGAAUGGUUAGGAUAGACCGGACAGGACGGAGAAAG